AUGACGCCAUAUACUGAUUUCUGUUUCCCAGUGCGCGAACUAUCUGAUGGUUUCGUCAAACUCACCCCGUUCGAUCCAACGAGACAUGCCGCCCCAUACUUUCAGGGCUCGAAAGACCACCCAGAGCUAUACAGCUAUAUGUCGAUAGGCCCGUUUGCAACCGAGCAGGAAUUUGUAUCAAAAUUCGUCGACGGCUUCAUGAGCCAGCCCUCUGUUGCUUGCUAUGCAGUGAUCGACAAGACGAGACCAACCUCAGAAGCAGACUUGGAAGGCGAACUCGCCGGAAUGGUCUCCUACAUGAGCGCCUCUGCCGUCCACUUGUCCGCAGAGGUUGGUUAUAUUAUCACGCUCCCGCCCUAUCAACGAACGCAUGUGACAACCCACGCUGUCGGAUUGCUCCUUCAUUAUGCCUUGGAUACCCCCGAACAAGGUGGAUUAGGCCUACGCCGAAUGCAGUGGCUUGCUGACCCGCCCAAUAAGGCCUCGCUGGCGGCGGCUCAGCGGAUGGGGUUUCAGCUUGAAGGUAUUUUGCGCUGGAAUAAGGUUGUGCCGGAUGCGGAGGCUCGUGGGAAGGUGCAUAACGGACGAGAGAGACCUUCAUAUGGGGAGGUAAAGGACGGUGGGAGAGACACGGCCUAUCUAUCCUUAUGCUGGGAUGAAUGGAUAGCUGGGAAGCGAGAAGCUGUUGACAUGCUCCUUGCAAGACAUCUGUAA